UAGAAAGAUUUCAGAUAGCAUACGGUUUGUUCAUCUUCUUCUUUCAGCUGGAUAAGAUCCUCUCUUCUCUAUCCUUUUCAAUGGAAGCUGCUGCCGCACUACAUUUCACAGCACUAGCGCCACCUUCCCGCCAAUUCUUGUCCGCCGCAAAAACAACUGCCAACUGUCCCUCUUCUUCGUGGACUGGUUCGACUCUCGCCGUCGGCCUCUCCUCCCGAAACCCCUUCACUAGGGAGUUAUGGAGGGCAGUGAAUUCGAAGGCAGUGACUACAACAAGAGACAUACGAGGGGUUAUAAGUGCGGAGAUGUUCGGGCAACUUACCACUGGCCUCGAAGCUGCGUGGUCUAAACUCCGAGGCCAAGAGGUUCUGACUAAAGAAAACAUUGCGGAACCUAUGCGAGAUAUCAGAAGAGCUCUCUUGGAAGCGGAUGUGAGCCUUCCAGUUGUAAGAAGGUUUGUUCAGUCUGUAAGUGAUCAAGCUGUUGGAGUUGGAGUCAUCCGAGGAGUGAAACCUGAUCAACAAUUGGUUAAAAUUGUGAGGGAUGAACUUGUAAAGUUAAUGGGCGGAGAGGUUUCUGAGCUCGUUUUUUCGAAAUCUGGUCCCACUGUAAUAUUAUUGGCAGGAUUACAAGGGGUUGGGAAGACAACUGUUUCAGCCAAGUUGGCCUUUUAUCUUAAGAAGCUGGGGAAGAGUUGCAUGCUUAUUGCAGGAGAUGUUUACAGACCUGCAGCAAUUGACCAACUUGUGAUUCUGGGAAAGCAGGUGGAUGUGCCUGUCUAUACAGCAGGUACUGAUGUUAAACCUUCAGAUAUAGCUAGGCAAGGUUUAGCGGAGGCCAAAAAGAAGAAUCUUGAUGUAGUUAUAGUGGAUACUGCUGGUAGACUUCAGAUUGACAAGGGAAUGAUGGAGGAAUUGAAAGAAGUGAAACGAGUAGUCAAUCCUACUGAAGUUUUGCUGGUUGUAGAUGCAAUGACUGGUCAAGAAGCUGCAGCUUUAGUCACAACGUUUAAUCUCGAGAUUGGUAUUACUGGUGCUAUCUUAACAAAGCUAGACGGAGAUUCUAGAGGUGGGGCUGCUCUCAGUGUCAAAGAGGUGUCAGGAAAGCCAAUCAAGCUAGUAGGCCGAGGAGAGCGCAUGGAGGAUCUUGAACCUUUCUACCCAGAUCGUAUGGCAGGACGCAUAUUAGGGAUGGGAGAUGUUCUUUCAUUUGUGGAGAAAGCACAAGAAGUUAUGCAACAAGAAGAUGCUGAAAACCUUCAGAAGAAGAUCAUGAGUGCAAAGUUUGACUUCAAUGACUUCCUAAAGCAAACUCGUGCAGUUGCCCAGAUGGGUUCCGUUAGCCGGGUUAUUGGGAUGAUUCCAGGCAUGGCUAAGGUUACUCCUGCACAAAUUCGAGAAGCAGAAAAGAACUUGGUUGUAAUGGAAGCAAUGAUUGAAGCAAUGACCCCAGAGGAAAGAGAGAAACCAGAACUGUUGGCUGAAUCUCCAGUAAGGAGAAAGAGGGUUGCCAAAGAUUCAGGGAAAACUGAACAGCAGGUUAGUCAGCUUGUGGCUCAAAUUUUCCAAAUGCGUGUCCGUAUGAAGAGUCUAAUGGGUGCAAUGGAAGGUGGAUCUAUUCCUGCCCUUAGCAAUCUUGAAGAGUCCCUCAAAUCCGAACAACAGGCUCCACCAGGAACUGCAAGGAGAAAGAAAAGAUCGGUGUCACGAAAGCAAUAUGCAGGUUCAGGUUCAAACAGACCUAGUCCUCGUGGCUUUGGAUCAAGUAACUAAUUGAAAAUCUAGCAUGUAGGAACUCUAAACAUAAAGUCAUGCACCAAAAUGCUUAUCAGCAUUUGCCUCAAGCGUCUGCUCUGAAUUGUCAACUCCAAGAAUUUCCGCCCUUGCCUAUUAAUACGAAAUAUUGUAAUUGAAAUACAUGGUGUGUUAUGCACACAAUUAUGUUAUUUUUGACGGUGAGAAACUAGCCAAGGAGAGUUCUUGUCAAUGGACAUGUACAAUGAGAAAACUCAAUGCUUGUCUAUCAUGUAAGAAGUAUAAUACUUUCUCCGUCCCGAAAUACUCGCAACGGUUUGACUUUUUGCACUAUUCACAUAA